AGACAUCAUUUGGAGCAUAGCAUCUCGCCAAGAUGCCUCCGAAGCGGAAAACGCAGCUCGCAAAAGCGCAGCCAACAGCAUCAGACUAUGAUACCGACACAAACUACACCGACACCGGCUUGCCGAUGACAGUCAUUCCACCGCCGCCGAAUAGGACCAGCGAGGAACUCAAUAUGGCAGUGCUGCGGCGCUGGUACCCCUCAGUGCGCUCGAUAAUAGCCAUCGCGCCUUUUGCCGUAAUCUACGACCACGUCCAAGAGACUGGGCAAUGGGAGAAGACGGACACACAAGGCACAUUAUUUAUUUGCCACAUGCAGGAAGAACCGAACAACUUCCUCACAUAUCGCGCCAUCAUUUUGAAUCGCAAGAAUCCCGAGAACUGGGUCUGGGAUAUUCAGACUAGCAAGAACAUCGACUUCGUCGACGGCUACGUGAUUGUGCGACGAGCGGAGGAAGGCACCAUCCAUGGAAUAUGGAUCUACAAUGACGGAGAGUCCCACCCGAACCGGAGGCAGAUCGUUUACGAUGCCAUCAACGAGUGUGCGGCACGCAUGGAUCAAUUGCAAGAAUAUGUACCACAAUUCAUGCCCAUCUACCAAGAGACUGACGAGCAAUACCAAGAGAACGACGCCACCACUUUCGAGCACGUUCUCGCGACUGAGACCGUCACACCAGUAGCAGUAUUCCAGAACCAAACUCCCCUAGAGCAAGGGCAGCGGAUCGACAUCAACGCCCUCUUCGCGAGACCACCCUCAAGCCAUCCACAGACCCAGCAGAGUGCACUUCUGAAUCUGUUCAAGAGCUAGUUGCUCUUGGUGUGGUGGAACGAGAUUGGACGGCACCAGUAGAGUUCUGAUGACUGAAUAACGCUCUUUCUGAAGAAUUGAUAGCUAGCUGUCAUGACUCAUGAGUAGAUCUCAGCAGACUUGGCACAAUGACAGGACUUGGUGACGAG